AUGGCAUCAGUUUCGUCAUCAAAUUUGUCAACUCCUUUAAUAUAGGAUCCAAGUACUAUACCUAUUAAUGACGGACCUCAUGAAAAUAAAUAAGCGAAGGCUAAUUUUAUAAGCAGAAUUUUCUUUUAUUGGAUUCAUCCUUUAAUAAAGUUAGGAAACUAAGUAUUUUUGGAACAACAUUGCUUGGAUGAGUUGAGGGAGGAGGAUAAGUCUUCUCAUUAGCAUUCUAGAUUUCAUAAAGCCUUUAAAAAGUUUAAGAACACUUCUAAUUUCCCCUUAGUUAGGAGUAUAAUAACAGCUUUUAAAGGUGCUAUUUUUAAGAGUUCUGUCUACUCACUCAUUUAUAGUUCAUUGGAAAUGACAACACCUAUUUUGAUUAAAUUGGUUAUCGAUUUCGUUAGUGAUAGACAGCAUGAUGUUGAUUAUGGUAUAGGCCUAGUUGUAGCCGUAGUUUUGUCAAGAAUAUUUAUUUGUAUCUUUGAUUGCCACUCUUCAUUUACUUUCAAUCUUUUGGGAUAUAAUGUUACUAAUUCUAUUAGUAUAGCUAUUUAUAAGAAAUCACUAAGUUUUUCCUUAUUAUCUUCUGAUGAAUAUAAGUCAGGGGCUUUGAUUAAUAUGCUUUAGGUGGAUGCUUAAAGACUUUAACAGUUUUGUGCACAGUCAGCUAAUAUUACUCUUUUACCUAUUUAGCUCUUAUUUGGUUUAUAUUUAAUGUAUGAUAGUAUAGGAAUAUCAUUUUUGUUUGGAUUUGGAGUAAUUGUAAUUAUGGGAUUAAUAAAUUAUAUAAUUGGUAGAUUUUCGUUAAGAUAUUAGAAGAGGUUAAUGGUAAAGAAAGAUCAAAGAAUGAUGAUUUGCUCAGAAACUUUUAGCUCAAUUAAAUUUAUCAAAGCAAAUGCAUUCGAAGAGCAUUUUUAUGAUAAAAUUGAUCUAGUGAGAGAAAAAGAGUUAGGUAUAAUUUCUAAAAGGUUUAUUUGUGGUGUUAUUUCGAUUUGUUCUGUCUGGAUGACUCCUAUGCUCAUUUUAUGUGCAACAUUUACUGCUUAUGUUAUGAUGGGAAAUCUCAUCACACCAUAAAAGGCUUUUACAGUUAUUUCAAUAUUUUAUAUUUUGUAAGAACCUAUUAGAUCUAUCCCACUUGUAGUAAAUUAUUUUAUUGAGUGUCAUGUAAGUAUUAAGAGGAUAGAAAAAUUCCUUCUUGAGCCUGACAUUAAUAAAACAUUUGUCAACCAUGAUACAAAUAAUACAUUACCAAAGCACUAUGCUAUUAGAAUGAGAAAUGGAAAUUUUUAUUGGAAAUAAACUAAUGACUCCUUAAAUUCACUGUCUGAUGACUCAUCUACAAUAUCUUCUUCUUCAAAUAACUCUUCAGAUUCUGAUGUUUCUUAGCAUUCAUCUCCUAGAGGUGGUUCACCGACUGAAAUAAGUAAGAAUAGUGAAUUCUCUAAAGGUAGUUAGGAGUUAACCUCAACAAAAAAAAUAACUCAUUUAAGUCAUAAAAAGAACUUUGAAUCAGAUAUUGGAAGUGAUAUUGGUCAUUCUCAUACCGAAAUAGCUGAAUAAGAUUAACAAAAUAAACUCUCUCUAUAAAAAUUUGGCAAAAAUAAACGUAAACAAAGAAGCUCUGUGACAUCAACCAAAAUUUAUGAGACUUAAUCAGAAGAUGAAGAAAACAAGCUUACAAAUUAUGAUAAAUAUAUUUUAAAAAACAUACACUUAACCAUCCCAAAAGGAAAAAUGGUUGCUUUUGUUGGAGAUGUUGGAUCUGGUAAAAGUUCUUUACUCUAUAGCUUAAUUGGGGAGAUGAGAUUUGAUGAUUUUUAUGAAGCAAAACCUAGAGUUGAAAUUAAUGGUGAAAUGGCUAUUGUUCAUUAGAAACCAUGGAUUUUUAAUGGGACUGUUAAAGAUAACAUUCUUUUUGGAAGGCCUUAUGAAGAAGAUAAAUAUAGAGAAUGUGUCAGAUAUGCAUGCCUUGAAACAGAUUUUGGUAUUCUCAGCUAUGGUGACAUGACUCAAAUCGGAGAUAAAGGAGUAAAUUUGAGUGGUGGUUAAAAGGCGAGAAUAUCUUUAGCUAGAGUGUUAUACAGUGAUGCAGAUAUUCUUCUUUUAGAUGAUAUUUUAAGUGCGGUUGAUGUACAUGUAGGUAAAAGUAUACUUUAAAACUGUCUUAUGGAUUACAAAAAACAUACAACAAGAGUAGUUGCUACUCAUGCACUUCACUUCUUAAAAUACAUGGAUUAUAUUUACAUCCUUGAUAAAGGAUCUAUUACCAACGAGGGAACUUAUGAAAAAAUCCAAAGUUGUAAAAAGUUUAAGAGUAUAUAUAAGAAAUACAUUAAGGAACAGUUUGAUAGUUCAGCUGAGGAUGAAAAUUUUAUCAAAAGUAAACCGAAGGCAAACAAUUACCUUCAUACUAGCCAUAGUCUUGAUUAGCAUGAAUAGGAAGAUGAAGAAUUAGAAUAGAAUUUUUUUGCAGGAGAAGAAGAAGAGGUAUAAAAAGGGGAUGAUGAAUUCAAGAAAAGUUUUCAAAUUUUAACAAAGUAAGAUUCCUGCGAUGUGGCUUUUUAGAUUCCUAACUUCGAAGAUGAUAUUGAAUCUGGUAUUCAUAGUAAAAGCAAGAUAAAAUGCAAAGCCUGCAGAUAAGAAAAAAUGAAACAAGCCCUUAAAAAUAUGAUUAAAGAAAAGAAGAAAAUUGAGUAAUAUGAUAACUUGGUUCUUUAAGAAGACAGAAAAAGAGGGUAGGUUUCAACCUCAGUUAUCAAAAAAUAUACAAAGUUAAAUGGUGGAUUAUGGUAUAUAAUCGGUGCUAUAAGUUCAAUGAUCUUAUGGGAGAGUAUCAAGAUGGGUUCUAAUGUUUGGAUAUCAGAAUGGACAGGACAUAAUGAAGAGUCUAACAACUCUUUCUUUUUAAUUGGUUAUGCCAUUUUUGCAUGCAGCUAUGGUUUUAUGGCCUUAAUUAGAUCAGGAGUGCUAUUGACAGGUUCAAUCAAAUGCUCAAGGAUAAUUUAUAGAAGAAUGAUAUCAAAAUUAUUAUUUGCUCCUUUAAAUGAGUUUUUUGAAAGAAUUCCUAUAGGUAGAAUUCUAAAUCGUCUAUCAAAAGAUGUUCAGGUAAUAGACUAAGAUUUGGCUUAUGGAAUAGGCGUUUUCUUAGCUACUAUCUCAACAAUUAUAGGUGAUACUUUAUUGUGUGUUUAUGCUAGUAGUUUAUGGGUCUUAAUUCCAAUAUUCAUAUUUAUUUAUGCUUGCAAAAGACUCUAAUAAUAUUAUAUGAAUGCACAAAGAGAAAUAGUUAGGCUCGAAACAAUCUCAAGGUCUCCUAUUGUUUAGUAUUUUGGUGAAACACUAAUCGGAUUACCUUCUAUUAGAGCAUUCAGACAAUAAAAGAGAUUUUCUGAGGCUCACUGCAAGAAUAUUGAUGAAAAUAAAAAAAAUCAAAUAGCCUUUAUAGCAAUGGAGGGCUGGUUUAAGUUAAAUUUAACUUUUCUAUCAUUAAUGGUGAACACCACAGCUAUAUGCUUUUGUCUGUUCUAUAACAAGAGUGACCCAUCAAUGACUGGUUUACUUUUGACCUUUGCCUUUAACAUUGAUUCAGAAGUUUAAGACUUAAUUAUGAGCUAAAGCAGUGUUGAGAAAAAAAUUGUUUCAUUUGAAAGAUGCUAUUCUUACACUAAAAUUGAAAGUGAGAAAGGUUAAAUUGAAUAUUUAAGACAAAGAAAUGAUCUUAGAGAGUAAAGAUUUAAACUUAAGGAUUACUCAUCCGAUCCAUUGAUUAAAUGGCCAAGUAAAGGUGUAAUAGAAUUCUAAAAUGUUCAUUUGAAAUACAGACCUAACUUAGCUUGUGUAGUGAAAGGUUUAACUUUCCAAAUUAGGUCAUAAGAGAAAAUAGGAGUAGUUGGUAGAACAGGAGCAGGAAAAUCAACAAUUACUCUUUCGCUCUUAAGAAUAAUUGAGGCUUUUAAAGGAAAAAUUAUCAUUGAUGGGAUAGACAUUUCAUAAAUAAGAUUAGAUUAAUUAAGAUCUAAAAUUACUAUUAUUUUGUAAGAUCCUUAGCUAUUCAAUGGAACAAUAAGAUAAAAUGUUGAUCCUUUGGGAUAAUAUUCAGAUUCAGAAAUAAUAAUUACAUUAAACUAGUGCCAACUUCACAGAUUUGUUAAUUCUGAAAGGGGUUUGGAUACUUAUAUCAAUGAAGGAGGAGAUAACUUAAGUAUAGGAGAAAAGUAGUUAUUAUGCAUUGCAAGAGCUAUGUUGAAGAGAAGCAAAAUUGUUUUGAUAGAUGAAGCAACUGCUAAUAUAGAUGUAUAAACUGAUUAUUUGAUUCAACAAACAAUAUAAAAUGUAUUCAAGGACUGUACUGUUCUUACUAUUGCUCAUAGAAUAAAUACUAUCAUGAAAAGUGAUAGAAUUAUUGUCUUAAAUAAAGGUACUAUUGAAGAAUUCGACUCACCUUCAAACCUGUUGAAAAACCCUAAAUCAUUAUUUUAUUCAAUACAUUAAGAAUCAACAAAAGAAACCCAAUUCUGA